AUGGCACUCCUUCAAGAGGAGCUUCUGAAGCAUCCAAAGGUGCAAGCGUCGCUGCGAGUAGCUGGUGAAAAGGCACUCAAUGACCCGGGAGUGCAGAGCGCCCUGCUGACGGCAGCAAAGGAGAGCGGGGACGAGGUUCUGGCGAUAGUCCGCAACCAG